UCGUAGCGAGCUACUAGAGCUGCUUGCGAGAUACGCGGCUUUAGUACAUCAUUUUUUGGUAAAAUGUAUUCAUUUAUAAAUGUGUGAAAUGCAAAGGCGAAGAAUUACAGUGAAAUCAAUAUUUAAAUGUAAAGGAAUAAAUACUGUCUGGAAUUUUAUAAUCUAUAAUAAAUAAUAUAUUUUGAACAGUUUAACGAUCAAAGAAUUAAAGCUACAUAAUGAAUAUGAAGAUGGGAAAAAAGGACAUUGUACAAGCUGUUGUUCUUGUGGAUGAUUUCGUGACAAAGUUAACACCAAUGCAAAAUAUAACUCCGAGUAUUUUAAUGCCAGUUAUGAACGUACCACUCUUAGAUUAUUUAAUAGAAACCCUGAUUAAGUCUAAAAUACAAGAAUUAGUUCUAUAUUGUAGCAGCCAUAAAGACUUAAUAAAAAAAUUUGUAAAUGACAGAAAGUGGUCAAGGAUAUCUGUAUCUUUAAUUAUAUCCGAGGGUUGUACAUCCCUUGGUGAUGCUCUUAGAGAUAUCGAUACAAAAGGUUCUAUUCGUGGUAAUUUUAUACUAAUACGAGGAGAUGCAUUUAUUAAUGCAAAUCUUACAAAUGCUUUGAACUAUCACAGUGCUAAGCUUGCAAAUGAUAAAGGAGCAGCAAUGACCAUGUUGCUAAGAAACAUUGGUUCUACUAAUGAUUCUCUGUUAAAAAGAGAAGCAUCUUUAUUAGUUUCUGAUAAAACUAGUAAGAAGGUUCUACAUUAUAAGAAAUUAAGGAACAAUGAAAAGAAAGUGAAAUUGGAACUGGAUUGGUUUUUAGAUCACAAUGAAAUUGAGAUUAAUACCUGUUGCAUGGAUACUCACGUUUACUUAUGUUCCCCUUCUGUGCUUCCAUUAUUCUCUGACAAUUUUGAUUUUCAAACAAUGGAAGAUUUUAUUCGAGGAGUACUGAUGAAUGAAGAAAUUUUAAAUUCCCGAAUUUAUUGGCAGCAAUUAAAUCCUGAAGAUUAUAGUCUACCAAUCGUAUCAUGGAAUGCGUAUCAUACGCUUAGUCGUGAUAUUUUGAAGAGACAUAGUUUUCCACAUACAUUGAAUGCCAAUCCAUUUUUGAAAGAUUUUGUUUAUAUGCCAAGAAACACUUAUAAACAUAGAAGUGCCACGCUUGCUAAGGGCUGUAUACUAGGGAAAGAUAGCGUGUUUUGUCAACACAGUAUACUCGGAAACGAUACCUCUGUUACAAGAUCCGUGAUCGGUAUUAGUUGUUUAAUUGGUUGUAAUGUAACGAUCGAAAACUCGUAUAUUUUAUCGUUUACCGAAAUCAAAGAUAACUGUACUAUCAAGAAUAGUAUCGUAUUUCCAAAUUGUAUUAUUAAACAAGGUGCACAUAUAAAUGGGUGCAUAUUAUGUCUUGGAGCAAAUAUCGAUGCUCUAGCGGACUAUACUGAUUCUAUUUUAGAAUCGAAAGAUGAUAAAAUUUGUGUAAAAAAAAUGUUAGAAAUCGAUACGGACGAUGAAUUUGAGUUCUUUAAAGAUUACGAUGAAACCGAAUACGAUAAUUAUUCUACGGACGUAACGAGUAGCGACGAAGAUUCUGAAUGCAACUCACCGGUUCCUGAUGAUACUAACAUGUUCUUAUCCGAAGUGAUUGAUAGUUUACUAAGAGGAUUUCAAGAUAAAAUUAAUUGCGAGAAUUUAAUUUUGGAGAUAAACGCGUCAAGAUACGCAUACAAUAUUACCAUGAGGGAAGUGACGUAUAAUGUUAUUAAAGCUAUAUUAAGUUUACCUUUUCAUUAUCUUUCGGAAAAGAAAGAAACUGUAAAUAAUCAAAAUUAUCAAAAAAACUUGAAAAUCAUGAUAACUUAUUUUUAUCCAAUUAUUCUGAAUUAUGUUAAAACAGAAGAUGCUCAAGAUGAUUGUUUACACGCGAUAGAAGAUGUUACUAGUACGACGCAAGAAUUACUACCGUGUAUAUUACACUUGUUACAUCUUUUUUACGAUAAAGACUUAUUAUCGGAAGACAAAAUUUUAGAGUGGUACAGAUCUAGCGGUAAAAAUAUAUUUGAAUUCCAAGACAACAAAAUAAAAAUUGCGAUGGAACAAUUUAUUAAGUGGUUGGAAGAAGCCGAAGAAGACUCUAGCGUGAGUGAUAAUUAAAUACAACUUGAAAUCUUAAAUAGCUUUUAAUAAGAAUAUUUGUAAAAAGUAUAUCUCUUAAAAUAUUUCAAGUAUCUUGU